GCCAAAUUCGUCAGACCCCUCCCACCUCUGCCUCUGCCAUGGCUUCGAGAACCAUCAUCAUCGAUCACGGGUCUGGCUUUGUGAAGUCUGGCUUUUCCGGCUGGAACGAGCCCCAGAUGAUCUUCCCAAGCGUCGUGAACUACAGCCCGUGCAGGGAGAACCCCGGACCCAGCUACGCCAGGCGGCGCCUGGGUCUCGGCAUUGACAUUUUCCAUCCGGACACGUAUAGCUACCCCAUCCAGCGUGGCCGCGUCCUCAACUGGGAGGGCGUGGAGCACAUCUGGUCCUUUGUCCUAGAGAAACACAGACGGGAGCACGAGGAGUCUCCUGUGUUGGUCACAGAGUGCUCCCUGAGGGAGCCUGCGGACCGACGGAAGACCCUGGAGAUUAUGUUUGAGUUACUGGAUGUCCCGUCCUUGCUCCUGGCUGACCAGCUGGCAAUGUCCCUGUACGCCUCUGGCCUCCUGACCGGCGUGGUGGUCGAUUCUGGCUACGGCCUGACCCGCGUGCAGCCCUUCCAUCUGGGCCACCCGUUACGGCUCAGCAGUAAGACGCUGGAGUUUGCGGGCCAGGAUCUCUCUGCCUAUCUCUUCAAGAGCCUUUUUAAGGAAGAGAGCAACGAACACAACCUGUUUCAGCUGGAAACGGUUGCCACCACUCAGAUGAGCAAAUGCUAUGUGCCACAGAAUCUGGGGGAAGCUCUGGACUUCCGUCAGAACCUGCCGAGUGGCUCUGAUGAGAGUAACACCUAUCAGCUUCCGGAUGGCACCCCCGUGGAGCUGACCCCCAUGCAGCGGCUGGCCCCCGAGAUGUUCUUCAGCCCUCAGAUGUUCGACCUGCCAGGGCCCAGCAUCCCCCAGGCUGUUAUGGAUUCCAUCAAGACCUGUGAGGCCUCCAUGCAACCGCUGCUCAUGUCCCACGUGAUGGCCUGUGGGGGGAACACCCUGUACCCGGGCUUCACCAAGCGCCUGUACAAGGAGGUGACCACAGACCAUUUCUCCUGCACCAAGUCCACCAUGUGGGUGGGUUCCAACAGAAACUUCACCGUCUGGCUGGGAGCGUCUGUGGUGGCUCAUCUGUCUACGUACAAGUCUGAGUGGAUGACCAAAGAGGAGUAUGUUGAGGGUAUGAGGCUGUGA